CGUAGAAUCAUCCAAAAACAAUAACAAAAGAAGACGUGAUUCUAGUCGCAAAUAAUACAUACUUAUAAAACGUCUUGGCUGUUGAUGGAUUUAGUUUAGCCCAGUGCAAUGUGGUGUGCACAUUGUUUCAUACUAUGUUGGGUGGUUGGGUUCAUAGCGGCGGCCAGUGCAAAACAUGAUGGCACAAAUCUAAACCUGGAAAAAGUCUUCCGCACACCAAAAGAUUACUCGAAAGUGAACUUUGACCAUUUCGAACUCGUUGAGAGAAAUAACUUUGCUGAAGACCUCGGCUCCGAAGCUCCAAAAGGUGAAACAAAAGAUGUCAAACAAUGCACCAGCGAGAAACCAGAACAGAAGGCGAAAUGCACAGCUAAUGCAAAUGCAAAGAUAACUCUUAGAUUUGGAGAUCAUCACCGAUGUGAUGAUAAGCAUUACUACUACGGCCCUCCACCACAUAGCAUCGUACCUCUUCCCAGUGUGGAACGGUUCUUCCAUCCGUACAUUUCUCAUCCAGGGGGAGCGUUCCCAAUUUUCUAUCCGGGUUACCAGGAGGUUCAGGAAGAGCCCAUUCAAUACAAGCAGGCCAAGGUUUAUGAUGAUCAAAUCUUCACCAAAUAUCCCUCUCCAAAAUCAGGACAAUAUUUCCCAAAGAAACGCAAAGCUCCAGAACCAGACAGAUACGUUGGACAAAUGGCAAAUUCAAACUCUAAGGAUGUCAAUGUCUUGCACGUUGGCAAAAAAGCUACAAUACCACACGAAAUAAUGUGCACAGAUCCUUGUAAAGUAGAGAGAACAGCCCUAGGUGGAAUUCCAGAUGUUAUAGUACAGAAAGUCUAUCCCAUUAGAGAAGAUCGGACUGUCACUGAAAACGCACAACCUCAAUACACAGAUAUUCAACUGCUUUCAAAUGAUAUUUUCAUCAAAACUCACCCAAAACUACUGAAGGCUUGGCUGGUUAAGACUAAAGACCUUUCCAGUAAACAACUAGAAGAAUUAACUAACGCCACUAACAGUAUUUACGACGAGGCAUUGAAGAAAAUCGGUGCGUUAUUGUUGCAAUUACGAAAUGGACAGGAAGAACAUGAAAACUAUGAUCCAGAUAUGCAGAAAUGGUUAAAUGCCUCUCUGGUACCUUACAGAUGUCGAGGUUGUAACUGUGAGAGAAAGCUGCUAGUCUCUUAUCCAAUAAAUGGAGAAUCCUCAGAUUUGAAGUUUGUGAGCUCUGAGGAUGCUGGUCUUUGUUCUUGUAAGCCCUGCUUUUGCGGAGAUUGUUUUAGAGACCCUAGCAUACCAUUUGGUAAGAGGUUUCAACCUGACGAGGAUAUGCUGCAUAAGAUAACGAAUGAAAAUGAGCAGAAUGUACUGUCUUCAAUGGAUACUUUGAAGCACCCGAAGGCAAAAGCGAUGCUGCACACUAAAGAGAUAGAAGGUGUUAAAAUUAAAUAUAUGGGUAACGAACUAGAUAAGAUACAAAAAGAAAUUGUUGAGCAAGUGCUGAAAAACACGGAAGAUAUGAAAGAAAACGAUGGUAAGCCUGAAGAGACGAAACAAUUAGAAAAAAAUAUUGUUAAGCGUGAAACUGACCAAAAAAGAGAUAAGACAGAUGCUGCCAAGCUAGGUGCUACCGAACCAACUCCCAAGAAGUUUGUACCUGGAAGCGACCAAAUUAUCCAAUCUGAUACACCUGAACUAGUCAAGCAUCUGGCCAAACGUGACGAUAAACCUGUUAGAAGAGCUUGUUACAAAAGGAAUAAAGGGAAACCGUCCAAAGUAGCUGCAAAUAAGUUGACUCCUGAAUCUGAUGCACCUCAAUUGGACAAUGCUCUCACCAAGCAUGGAGAAGGAGACCCAAAAGGAAUAGAGGAGAAGAGGGAUGAAGCAGAAAUUGCUACGCUAGCUGCUACAGAGCCAACUCCUGAAAAAAUUGUACCAGGAAGUGACCAGAUCAACCAAUCUGAUACACCGCAGCUGGACAAGUACCUUGAAAACCGUGAAGAUGGAUCUAAACGAGAUAAAGCAGAGGUUGCCCAGCUAACUGCCACAGAACCAACGCCGAAGGAGCUUGUACCUGGAAGCGACCAAAUUAACCAGUCAGAUGCGCCUCAGCUAGAGAAGCACUCGAACAAACGUGACGAUAAGCCUGUUAGAAGAACUUUUCACAAAAGGAAUAAAGCGAAACCGUCCAAAGUGACUGCGAAUAAGUUGACUCCUGAAUCUGAUGCACCUGAAUUGGACGAUACUAUCACCAAACUAGAAGAAGGAUCUUCAAAAGAAGUGCAGCAUAAAAGAGAUGAGGUGGAAGUUGCUCUGCUAGCCGCUACAGAACCAACUCCUAAAAAGUUUGUUAAAGGAAGUGACGAGAUCAACCAAUCUGAUACACCUCAGCUGGACAAGCAUCUUACCAAACGUGAAGAUGGAUUUGAGAGAAAUACAGCAGAAAUUGCCAAGCUAGCUGCUACAGAACCAACUCCAAGUAAGUUUGCACCAGUAAGCGCUAAAAUCAAUAAGUCCGACGCACCUCAGCUGGAUGAACAUGCUGCCAAGCGCGAAGCUCAUCUGAAGAGAGAUACAGCAGAAGUUGUCAAAUUAGCUGCUACAGAUCCAACUCUAAAGAAGUUUGUAUCAGGAAGUGACAAGAUCAACCGAUCUGAUGCACCUCAGCUAGACAAACAUGCUGACAAACGUGAAGAUGGAUCUAAAAGAGAUAAAGCCGAAGUUGCAGAGCUAGCUGCUACAGAACCAACUCCAAAUAAGUUUGUGCCAGGAAGUGACAAGAUCAAUCAGUCUGAUGCACCUCAAUUGGACAAACAUGUUACCAAACGUGAAGCUGAGCUUAAGCGAGAUGAAACAGAAGUUGCCAAGCUAGCUGCUACAGAACCGACUCCAAAGAAGUUUGUAUCAGGAAGUGACAAGAUCAACCAGUCUGAUGCACCUCAAUUGGACAAACAUGUUACCAAACGUGAAGCUGAGCUUAAUAGAGAUGAAACAGAAGUUGCCAGGCUAGCUGCUACAGAACCAACACCAAAUAAGUUUGUACCAGGAAGUGUCAAGAUCAACCGAUCUGAUGCACCUCAAUUGGACAAACAUGUUGCCAAACGUGAAGCUGAGCUUAAGAGAGAUGAAACAGAAGUUGCCAAGCUAGCUGCUACAGAACCGACUCCAAAGAAGUUUGUACCAGGAAGUGACAAGAUCAAUCAGUCUGAUGCACCUCAAUUGGACAAAAAUGUUGCCAAACGUGAAGCUGAGCUUAAGAGAGAUGAAACAGAAGUUGCCGAGCUAGCUGCUACAGAACCAACACCAAAGAAGUUUGUACCAGGAAGUGACAAGAUCAACCAAUCUGAUGCACCUCAGUUGGACAAACAUGUUGCUAAACGUGAAGCUGAGCUUAAGAGAGAUGAAACAGAAGUUGCCAAGCUAGCUGCUACAGAACCAACUCCAAAGAAUUUUGUACCAGGAAGUGACAAGAUCAACCAAUCUGAUGCACCUCAGUUGGACAAACAUGUUGCCAAACGUAAAGCUGAGCUUAAGAGAGAUGAAACAGAAGUUGCCGAGCUAGCUGCUACAGAACCAACACCAAAGAAGUUUGUACCAGGAAGUGACAAGAUCAACCAAUCUGAUGCACCUCAGUUGGACAAACAUGUUGCCAAACGUGAAGCUGAGCUUAAGACAGAUGAAACAGAAGUUGCCAAGCUAGCUGCUACAGAACCAACACCAAAGAAGUUUGUACCAGGAAGUGACAAGAUCAAUCAGUCUGAUGCACCUCAAUUGGACAAACAUGUUACCAAACGUGAAGCUGAGCUUAGGAGAGAUGAAACAGAAGUUGCCAAGCUAGCUGCUACAGAACCGACUCCAAAGAAGUUUGUACCAGGAAAUGACAAGAUCAAUCAGUCUGAUGCACCUCAAUUGGACAAAAAUGUUGCCAAACGUGAAGCUGAGCUUAAGAGAGAUGAAACAGAAGUUGCCGAGCUAGCUGCUACAGAACCAACACCAAAGAAGUUUGUACCAGGAAGUGACAAGAUCAACCAAUCUGAUGCACCUCAGUUGGACAAACAUGUUGCUAAACGUGAAGCUGAGCUUAAGAGAGAUGAAACAGAAGUUGCCAAGCUAGCUGCUACAGAACCAACACCAAAGAAGUUUGUACCAGGAAGUGACAAGGUCAACCAAUCUGAUGCACCUCAGUUAGACAAACAUGUUACCAAACGUGAAGCUGAGCUUAAGCGAGAUAAAACAGACGCUGCCAAGCUAGCUGCUACAGAACCAACUCCAAAGGAGUUCGUACCAAGAAGUGACCAGAUCAACCAAUCGGAUGCAACUCAACCAGAUGAGCAUGUCGCCAAACGUGGAGGAAAAUAUGAUGAGGUACCAAGUAAAGUCUUCUGGCCAAGCUAAGAUGGGCUCUCGAUUUUUUGUGAUAUUCUGAUAUAAUUUUAGCAUGGACAGUCACAUGUAUGAUUUCCUUUGAUGCUCGUUUUUAUCUUUAGAAAUGUGAGAAUCGAUAGA